AGAAGCCCGGAAGAAUUCCCCCUCUGACACUGGAGCUAAAUUCAUAGCCUUUCGCAGGUCGCUGGACAAAGGUUUGAGAGGCUAAAGGUGGGGAGGAGCAGAAGGGAAGGAGGCGCGGGUGUGCAUAGCAAGGAAGGUGUGAUAGCGGGCAGCUGAGAGGAGAAGGCGAUCCAAAUGGCGAUGCAGCUGGCAGUCCUGCCUUUUGGGCUGGCUCUUUUGGCUACUGGUUUUAGAAAGCUACCAGCAGGGAUGCGAUUUGACUGAUACUGCAAGGAAUGAGGCUUCUGGGAUUCAUAAGCCACCUAGAAUCCUUAAGCUUACAUACAUUCCUUCUAUAACUGAUGCACUGCAGGAAACACAAGACAGGUAUAUCCACUAAUGUUCAGGUAUAUCUGCUCUCCCCCAUGCAGUGUCUUCCAGAUGUGCAGGACCACAGCUCCCAUCAUUCUUGGGGGUUUGUACAAAGAUGAGAGUUGCAGUCCGGCACAUGAGGAGGACACUGGUGCUACCUGGAGUCCAACGUCAUUCAUCGUUGAUGAUCAUUUUGCAAGAGAUGGCCUGAACCUUGGGGCCGUGGUGGUAGAUUCAGAAAAAGACUGUGUGUUCCUCAUAUAUUCUUUCUGUGCCCACUGUUCCCGAUACUGCACCCCCAGCACCAUGAUCAUUCGCAGCUGCAAUGACGGGGUCACGUGGAGUGUUCCCCGGAACCUCUCUGAGGAGGUCGGCACCACCGCAUUUGCCCCUGGGCCAGGUUAUGGCAUUCAGAAGCGCUAUGAGCCCAAGAAGGGGCGUUUGAUUGUCUGCGGCCAUGGGAUGGAAUGGAAUGAUGGGGUCUCUUGCCUCUUCAGCGACGACCAUGGCCAGAAUUGGCGGUAUGGGCGGCAACCUUUGCACGGAAUCCCAUACGGUCACCCGAAAGGCCCCAACGACUUCAAUCCUGAUGAGUGCCAGCCCUACGAGCUGUCCGAUGGCUCUGUGGUGAUCAAUGCCAGGAACCAGAAUUUCUACCACUGCAGAUGCCGCAUUCUGAUUCGCAGCUACGACGCCUGUGAGACCCUCCCGCUGGAAUUUGUGGACUUCGACAAGACCUUGGUGGACCCCGCCGUGGCUGCUGGGGCCCUCGUCAAAUCUGGCCUCGUCUUCUUCAGCAAUCCUGCUCAUGAGAGCCAGCGGGUCAACCUGACGCUCCGCUGGAGUUUCACCAAUGGCUCUUCGUGGUGGAACGAGACACUGCAGAUCUGGAGUGGGGCCAGCGGCUACUCCUCCAUGACGGCCCUGGAUGGAACGGCCCCCGAGGACGCCCGCAGCCUUUUCAUCAUUUAUGAGAAAGGGCGGCACUCGGUAACCGAGAGCAUCUCGAUAGCGAAGAUCAGCAUCAACGGGGAGCUCUGACCCAGUGUGGGCCCCUGAACUGCUCUGCCAUUCCCAAGUGCCUUACUCCGCCUUGAGUCCUGGGACCACUGGGCUGGGACAGAAGGGAAUUUUCUAUGGGCGUGGGGAGAAAUCAGCAACCCUGGUACAGGGGGCAGCCCUUGUGCUGGAAGGGCACUGGGAAGGCCCAGCAGCGGCAGGAGCACAUCCUGGAUCUCCUGCCUGCCGCCCUGGUGCUCCCAGCACGUGGCUUCCUUUGCCGUUUCUGCCACAACUGUAUCGGGGUUGCCAUUCUACCUCAGCAACAAUUCUGAUGUUAGAUGCUGCUACUGAAUUUUUGGGUGGGUGAAGAUUUGUGGUGAGGGAGAAUAUGUGAGAGGAGGAAGAAAUAAGCUCAGAAGAAAGACUGACAGGGAACAAAUGGUAAUCCAGAAAGGAUCAUUUCCUAUCAGCGCAAUCAAAUAAAACAACAACAGCGGAAAAGAUUUGUAAUAAAUAGUUCAAUCCUCCACCAUCACCACCACAUUACAUUUCUGUACUGCCUAUAGCCAAAGCUGUCUGGGCAAUUAAUCAACAUUAAGUCACCCAUCCAGAAUUCAGCCAAGACUGACUUUGCUUAGCUUCCAAGAUUAGGCAGGAUCAGACACUUCAUUUUUGUUUCUAAAGAAGCGGGACAAGUAAGAGUCACCUUGCCAGGCAAGACCAGGGGACUGUCCAGCUAGCCCGAUGCUUCGCAACACUCACAAACAGGAUGUAAAAGGAAAGAAGGUCACCUCUUGUUCAUUUCUACCCAGCAUCCCAAGAUUUCAGACAUUGGUUUGUAUAUUUAAUGUAUGUACAAUAUUUAAUGAAAGAUUUUUAUUCAGCUCCUCUUCUGAAAAAGCUCAUGAAGCAGCUUACGAAAAUUAAUCAGCCCUGCCUUCAGACUUACACUUGAAUAGACACAGCACGAAAGGAGAAAAGAUUGGGAGGGAGGAGGAAAGCAAACACGUUCAGGCUCCACUUGGAGCCAAAGUUUGUGUGAAUUUACUUUCUGGCAGGGAAAGCAGUCUUCCUGUAACAGCUGCUUCUUGGGCUGGUGAUAUUCCUCUGCUUCUCCUUGCUGGGAUAGUCUUCCUAGUAAGGGGAGGAGCAGUCUGCAGUGGCCCUUGGCAGCCCAGAAUGGGCUGACCAUCCGCUCUGCAGUCCCCAGGCAACACAAGGUUUCUGUUUAACUCCUGUGGCUACUUGCGGGUGUUGGGGCCAAGCCUUCUGCAUGUCUUUUUAACCUAAUGGUCAUCAUAACAUUUGUGGUAGUUUUUUACGGUCAUGUCACUGAAAAUGAGUCCUGAUCUGGGGCCAAAGUAGAGAGGAAAUGCUGUGGGUGUUCUUUCUUACUUGACUCUGUAGAUGUGCAAUGUUUUCAUUUUCAUGGACUUUUAUCAACAGCCACACCUCAAUAAAUGAUUCAUCAUA